AGAAAGGCCGCCCGACGCGGACUUCCUGCGGGGCAUCGCAGGGUGCAGAAGAGCAAGCCCGCCGGGAGCGCGCGGCCGCUCUACCACGCGCCUGCGCGCGCGCGCACGCCGCGACCUGUUCGGGGGCCGGCCUAGUGGGGGCGGGGCCUCGAGGCACAAAUAGGGUGCGGGGCGGAGCCUGUGGGGGCGGGGCCCAUGAGCACAAAUAGGGUGCGGGGCAGGGCCUGGCGGGGGCGGAGCCUCUGAGGCUCAAAUAGAAUGCGGGGCGGGGCCUGGUAGGGGCGGGCCUUUGCUGCACGAGUGGGAAGCGGCGCCUGGUGGCGGCGCCCGCAAUUUUCGCGCCAAACUCAGAGGGGAAACCUAGCGCGUGGGCUGCCGCAGAGGUGAUCGCCGCUGCUGUCAUGGUUCGACCGCUGAACUGCAUCGUCGCCGUGUCCCAGAAUAUGGGCAUCGGCAAGAACGGAGACCUGCCCUGGCCUCUGCUCAGGAACGAAUUCAAGUACUUCCAAAGAAUGACCACAACCUCUUCAGUGGAAGGUAAACAGAAUCUGGUGAUUAUGGGCCGGAAAACCUGGUUCUCCAUUCCUGAGAAGAAUCGACCUUUAAAGGACAGAAUUAAUAUAGUUCUCAGCAGAGAGCUCAAGGAACCACCACAAGGAGCUCAUUUUCUUGCCAAAAGUCUGGACGAUGCCUUAAAACUUAUUGAGCAACCAGAGUUAGCAAAUAAAGUAGACAUGGUUUGGAUAGUUGGAGGCAGUUCUGUUUACAAGGAAGCCAUGAAUAAGCCAGGCCAUCUCAGACUCUUUGUGACAAGGAUCAUGCAAGAAUUUGAAAGUGACACGUUUUUCCCAGACAUUGAUUUGGAGAAAUAUAAACUUCUCCCAGAAUACCCAGGUGUCCUUUCUGAAGUCCAGGAGGAAGAGGGCAUCAAGUAUAAAUUUGAAGUCUAUGAAAAGAAAGCCUAACAGGAAGGUGCUCGCUGGUUGACUUGAAGCUCUCCCGCUUUCCUCCUAAAAUUACGCCUUCUUACAAGGCCAUGGGACUUCUGCUGGCUUUAGAUCUAUGAGUAAUUCUUUCUUUGUGGGGCUAGUUGGGGGGAAGUGCUUGUUUUGUGGUGCUGGGCUGGAACCUGGGGCCCUGUGCAUUCUGGGUAAAUGCUGUGCUACUAAGCCACACCCCAGCCCCUGUAUAAUUCUAUACAAUAUGUUUUCAUUUCCAUUAAUCUAACCAGGUUAUAUUAAAUAUACUUUAAGAAACCCUGCUUUCUGUAAAGGUCUCAAUGCCCCUCCCAUGUGGCCUCAAGUGGCUCCCUAGAAGAUGCAUAGGGUAGUGUGUGUGUACAAGAGAAGACCCUAAAGAGAUAGAGCCCUCGAGAGCAUCAGCUGAUGUGGGGGCUCCUAGAGAUAGGAGCUAGACAGAUAAGUCCAAAGGGUGGAAAUGGGUUUUAAACAGCAGAGCUGGAGCUCAGACUUUAAAAGAAAAUUAGAUCAAAGUAGAGACUGAAUUAUUCUGUGCACAUCACACUCUCGGCAAAGUUCUGUUCACUCAGACAGAAAAUCGGUAAAUUGAGUUCUCCAUUGUGUUCCAUGGAGAAGGGAGCAGGUGGAAGAUUAUGUAAGGUCUGAAACACUGAAUCUCUCUGUUUCUCAUCUUCAGUGAGUGAGAUUCCAAGGGGUGUUUCAGCGACAGAACAAGAAUAGGCUGCUUUCUACAAAAAAAAAAAAAAAAAAAAAAAAAAAAAAAAAU